AUGGACAGGCCAACAAAAGGCCGAAGCAGCAGAGGCCGAGGCGGACGAGGUGGAAGAUCGGAGGCCCCUCCGCGAGGCACCAAGGUCACCAGCACGGGCGCUCGUGGCAGCAGCGCCAGCAAGAAGCGGACCCGGCUGGUGCUCGAGGUGGCGCGGUUCGAGGACUACCGCGCCGUUGCGGAGCGGCUGCAAGGCGGCGCCAGCGGUGUGGCCCUGGACGCCGACGUGUUCGGAGUGGCCGGGGUCCUGCACCGGGAGGUGGUGCUGCGGCGCGGGGUGACGGCCAUCUGGGGCGGCGGCGACCCGUGCUUCCGCUUCCAGACCCGCGGCGGCAACGUGGCCGACAUCGCGCGCACCCUCCUCCGCCUGCACCACCACCACCACCACCCCCACCACCAGGGUCACGUCGCCACCUCGUCGUCGUCUGCCGCCGAUGCUCGCUCGGGUCUGUUGAUCGGGGCGGUGCAGAGGGACGACUACGCGGGUAAGGUGCCGGCCUUCGAGGAGGUGGUGGUGGCCUACCACGCCUCGCUGGCCCAGGUGGGUGGGCGCCCUACGUUCGGCGGCUUUGAGACCGCGGCCGUGGCCGUGCCGCCGGCCUAUCGCGAGUUCCUGGCCUCGCUGCGCCGCGAGGUUGCUCAGGAGGAGGAGGAAGAGGAGGAGAAGGACGCCAGCAAAAAGCGGCAGCGGACGUUCCUGCCUCCGGAGGGGCUGUAUCCCAUGGCCGCGUCGGCCGGCUACCUGAGCCUCCUGCCGGCCCUUCUCGGCGCCCGGGAGCUCGUGCUGAUGGUGGUCCCCACGGCUGGCACCAUCACCCUCCAGGAGGUGACCUACACGCAGCUCCUCAUCGAGCACCUCGCCAAGCAGCAGGGCGGAGAGGCGGUUGCACCACCGGUGCACAUCUACGCGGUGACGUGGCCCGACAUGGAGGCCCACCUGCAGCCGGGAGAGAAGAACGGCCGGUGCAAGCUGCUCGCCAUCAUGGCCGUCCUGCGCGCCCUCCACGCCCGCUUCCCCGCCAACGUCCACUUCGUGGCAGUGGAUUAA